GAGACCAAGCGACAGUGUCUGCCAUGUUCUUAAAUCACGAGCUUUCUAACUGGUCUUACGAUCUUUGAUUUUAUUUUUAUAAUUUUCUUAGUUGUUUCCAACUUCAUUACUCCCGAGGCAGCACAGGAAAUUCCAAAAGGAGUUGGUUGCUUUUUGACGCAAAGCAAAGCAAGGUAACUAGAAGCGCAGCAGUGAAGAUCCCAGUAAAAAGUUUCAGACUUUUUCGGGCCUCUGCUUGAUUUGAUUUCUUGUUUCAUGGAAUAUGUGAGAAGGGUUGUUUGUUUCGUCUUCUUUCUGUGGAAUUGGUUGGCUGCUGCUGGUAACACUGACAGUCUUCUUUCUCCAAAGGGUGUGAACUAUGAAGUUGCUGCUUUGAUGUCAAUGAAGAAUAAAAUGAAAGACGAAUUGCGUGUUAUGGAUGGUUGGGAUAUUAAUUCGGUUGAUCCUUGUACUUGGAACAUGGUCGGUUGCUCUGCUGAGGGCUAUGUUAUUUCCCUGGACAUGGCCAGUAUGAGUUUAUCCGGAACGCUUUCUCCAGGAAUUGGAAAUUUGAGCCACCUCCGAACACUGUUGUUGCAGAACAAUCAAUUGUCUGGACCUGUUCCUGCUGAGAUAGGAAAGCUUUUGGAGCUUCAGACUCUUGACCUUUCUGGUAACCAGUUUGUUGGUGAAAUCCCAAGUUCUCUGGGCUUUUUGACUCGUCUUAGUUACUUGCGGCUCAGUAGAAAUAAACUAUCUGGGCAGAUUCCUCAAGACGUUGCAAAUCUCACAGGCCUUUCAUUCUUGGACUUGUCAUUCAAUAAUCUCAGUGGUCCCGUUCCAAAAAUUUUAGCAAAAGGUUACAGUAUUUCAGGAAACAACUUCCUUUGUGCAUCUUCAUCGGCACAAACUUGUAUGGGUGUUUCGAAUCAACUAAACGGUAAUAUAUAUUUCACCCAUGUCAGAUCAAACUCAAAAUAUCUGUUGAUUGGAUUACACACAUAUAUAUAUGACAGUUUAAUUGCAGAAACUGGUUCGUCCCUGGAAGUUGGUAGUCAUCACCAUCGAGUGCUUUCUGUUGCUAUUGGCAUUAGUUGUACAUUUCUAAUUUCAGUAAUGCUGCUUAUCUGCUGUGUCCAUUGGUACAGAUCGCGCAUCCUGUAUACAUCUUAUGUAAAGGAAGAUUAUGAAUUUGACAUUGGUCAUUUGAGGAGGUUUUCCUUCCGUGAAUUGCAAUCUGCUACUAGCAAUUUCAGUCCAAAAAAUAUCUUAGGACAGGGUGGAUUUGGUGUUGUCUACAAAGGAUGUCUUCCAAAUAAAAUGACAGUGGCAGUGAAGAGGCUGAAAGAUCCCAAUUACACUGGAGAAGUACAAUUUCAAACUGAAGUUGAGAUGAUUGGCUUGGCAGUGCAUCGGAAUCUCUUACGUCUCUAUGGAUUUUGUAUGACAUCUGAUGAGAGGCUGCUUGUUUACCCAUACAUGCCUAAUGGCAGUGUUGCCGAUCGCUUGAGAGACACUUGCCGCGAAAAGCCAUCAUUGGACUGGAAUAGGCGAAUGCGUAUUGCGCUGGGGGCAGCUCGUGGGCUUCUAUAUUUACAUGAGCAGUGUAACCCAAAAAUUAUCCACAGGGACGUGAAGGCUGCAAACAUUUUGCUUGAUGAAAGUUUUGAAGCUGUGGUGGGGGAUUUUGGUCUUGCCAAGCUCUUGGAUCAAAGAGAUUCGCACGUCACUACUGCAGUGCGAGGCACAGUAGGACAUAUUGCCCCUGAAUAUCUCUCCACUGGGCAGUCUUCUGAAAAAACUGAUGUUUUCGGAUUUGGCAUAUUACUUUUGGAGCUCAUUACAGGGCAGAAGGCUUUAGAUGCUGGAAAUGGUCAAAUCCAGAAGGGAAUGAUUCUUGAUUGGGUCAAAACCUUAUUUGAGGAGAAGCGACUAGAAAUGCUAGUUGAUAGGGAUCUGAGGGGACGUUUUGAUCCAAUAGAAUUGGAACAAGCAGUGAAGUUGUCUCUACAAUGUACUCAAUCACAUCCCAGCCUCCGGCCAAAGAUGUCAGAAAUCUUGAGGAUCCUGGAAGGCCUAGUUGGACAGGGGCAACCGGAGGAGGAGUCACCCGGUGGAGGUACCCUUUAUGACGAAAGGAAUUGCAGUUUCUCCAGAAAUUACAGUGACGGCCAUGAUGAACCUUCAUUUAUCAUUGAGGCCAUUGAGCUUUCUGGACCUCGGUGACAAGCAAUGUGGUCUGUUCCUUUGUCUCAACCAAAAGUAGGUCCUCCACGAAGACUUUGGUCAUGCUAAUAAUAGCAUGCCUGGGCAUUGUGAGAUCCAAAGAUUAACGGUGAAUCAGGAGAAACGGUCAAAGCAGGCAUUCGAAUCUUUACACAUGGAAAUGCAAAGACCGCAUUAGGCCCCUUUUACAAGAUUAGAUGAGAUACUCAUAGGAAUCUCUUUGAUUUACUUCCCCUGUCCCCACUUCCCCUGCGUCACACAUUGUUGACCUACAUCUAGGUUUUAUCCUUGAAAGAUGUAUGUCCCAUAGCAUGUCUAAAAUUUUGCACCAAAACAACUACUACUUGAGACUGCUUUACUAACUUUUAACCCCUUUCAAACAGACAUGACCAAGCAGGUAACUUGUAUGUAAAUUAUGUGGUACCAGCCGUACCUGCUCCUUAACGUGAUAAUGUAAGUGUCUGGAUGUUCUUGAAUGUUUGGGAAGUACAUUUU